CUGGCACUGCAGACAAGCCUCUGCCUGGUGUGCUCAUGGUCCUGCCCAGCACAGCUUCCAUUGAACCUGGCAAGGAGCAGGUGCUGAAGCUCUAUUACCUGCCAGGAGUGCCAGGAGUCUUCUGCAGGACUUUCCAGGUUCAAGUGGGUCACCUGAAACCGGUAGAAAUCUCCCUGAAAGGAGAGGUGAUCUUUGCUGGGAUCUGUCUGGACCUGCCCUGGAGCAUCAGAGGAAGUGAAAAAUACGAGAGGCUAUUGAAACAGGCAAAAGAAAAGCUGAAAAAGGACAAGCAGGACAAGAAAGCAAAGGCUUGGCUGAGGAUGGAGAUGGAGCAGAUGCUGAUAAAGGAGAAUGCUCUGGAGCUGCAGCCAACCCUCAUCUCCCGCCCCCCAGAGGACACUGUCUUUAACAAGAGCAUUCCUCAGAAGCUUGUCAAAGUUGAGCUGCCCGAGUACAUCCUGGACAUGGGCACUGUUGUUCAGGGUUACAGUAAAAGCUGCACUGUGAAGAUCACCAACACCUGGAGGUACCCAGUGGCCGUCCAGGCCAAUGAACGUGCCCUGCGUGACACAG